AAACAGCGACGCUUGGGUUUUUGUUUGUAAGGAUUCUAAUUUGAAUUAGAGUUAAUUCGGUUUAGAAUUAAUUCGAUUCUAAUUCGGGGGCCUACUCUUCUAUGUUUCCAAGAUGUCAGCACCCAGCCGUGGGAGGGCAGGGAGGAGGCGUGGUCGGCCCCGGCCCUACUCAGCUGCAGUAAGGCCGGGGAGGCGACUUAACUUCACCAUCGCCUCUGAAGACGACAACUGCUCCUGAUGUCGGAGGAGGAGCGGCUGACCCUCCUCCGUACCAUCUUGAUGGAGGAGCCGGCGGUCCGGUGGCGACACCUGGGCCGGCCGGGUACCGCGCUCCCGGGGCCAGCACCACAGCCGCGGGCAGAGUGGUGCUGCUGUGGAAUGUGUCCUGAGAUGCCUACCGAGCAGGAGCGUCUGUGUUGCGGCGAGACCCGCUGCAUCACAGACGAUCCUGAGUUCGUGAAGGCAACUCAGGACACAUUCCACCUGACCCUGGGAGUGCGGUACCACCGCGACCGAUGGGGCGAGGCGGCGCCGGAUCCUGCCGACCUGGAGGGCCCCCACCGCCAGUGCCGGUACCAGGCGUACCGGCACUUCGUGCUCUGGCAGUGGGGAGCCCUCGGUCGGGGGAACCGGCGCGCCCUGCCGGCCUGCGCCGUGACGGCCAUCAGGGCCAAGUACCCCAGCCCGUCGGGGAGGUACACGGGCUUCAAGGACGUGCCACUAUAGACGCACCACGCCGGCCGGCGCGGCGGCAGACUGGCCGAGAGCUACUUGGUCUUAACUCGGCGGAGAAGAGGCGGCGAACGUCAAGCUUCCGGUGUUAGUUACCAUAUGUGUUUAAGUUAAAGUUAAAGUUAGUCAAAUUUGUUAGUUAAUCACAUUUAAUUAGGCGCAUUGUGAUUCUUCCGUGCGUAUCGAUUAAGGCAGCUUCUGCAAAACGUCGUGGAACUCAUUUUUUUUAAUAGAAAAGCACAAUUCUAACGAAUAGCGUUUUAACUAUUGAACACAAACCUUACGUUUUCGAGCGUGUGCAUUUGUGUGUGCAUUUGUUCGAGCGGUAUGUUUAGCGUGUGCAACGUGUUCUGUUAGGUUACGUAAAGUUAAAGUUAGUCAAAUGUGUUAGUUAAUCACAUUUAAUUAGGCUCAUUGUGAUUCUUCAGUGCAUAUCGAUUAAGGCAGCUUCUGCAGAAUGUCUUGGAACUCAGAUGUCACACGGCCGCUUUUAGCAACAGCUCUUCAUAGUUUUUUUUUCCUCUGCAAGUGAAACGUUGGAGAGUUGAGGUGAAGAUUGACCUCGUGUAUGUUUCUGUGCUAAUAUAAUACAGAGUGCAAUGCAUAGCACAAACUGAC